CGGUGCGGUCGUUGAGUUCCCGGCGAUUGUUUUUCUUCCGACUUCACUUCCCUUCGACUACCCGACUUCUCUCGGUUCUCGGUGGCGGUGUCUUCUCAUCUUUUACACCCCCCCCUCCCCCUUUUCACCCCCUUUCGCCAGACGUUGACGGUCGGUUGCAGCGCCGAUAAUUUAGAAGCUAAAACCGGGAGUUCGAGAAUCUCGAGCUCGAGUCCGAGCGGAGAUUUCAGUCGUCGUCGUCGUCGUCGCUCCUUCUUCUUCCUCUGCUGCUGCUGCUGCUGCGCUUGAAGUGCCCGAACUCAGUGCAGUGGACCGUAAUGACAGCCCGGCAGCAGCAUAGUACGCACCACGUCCGGCGACACUGUUGAUGGUGUUCGGUUGGUGCGGUCGGUGGUUUCCGGAGUUUUUCGUUUUCGGAUUUUAUUUUUAGUUCCCCGCACCGGAAGCGCGGGGAAAGUGAGUGCUCUAGUGCUGUGUGUGUUUGUGUCCCAGAGUUUGUGUGUGCAAAGACAGCUGCUCCGGAGUGACCUGAUCCUCAACGCGCUCUGACGCUCAAUGCCAAACCAUGGCGCUCGUGAUGCUUCCUUGUGAUCUGCCCUGGUGGUCAAACGUCCAGAAGAAGCUGACCACGAUCGAGGAAUCGGCCGGUUCGCUCGAUGUCGUCCUCGAUGUCAUGCAAAAGCUGCACGAACUGUGCAACGUCAGUCUCGAUCCGGACGAGGAUGGCAAGGAUACGACGGUGUUCGAUGGGUUGCGGCACUUUGUCGAACGCACGAUGGACGCACCGGAGCGGGAACACUUCCUGGGCCACACUGUCCGGUCGCUGGCGAGGCACGCGCGCGAUCUGAAGCUCCAUCGGCCACCGCGUGGGCUCAGCUUCAGCCUGCAGCAGCAGAGCGACAGCUACGAGCUGCCGUACCGUCUCGUCGCCUCGCUGCUGGCCAAUGCGUUCUUUUCGACAUUUCCAAAACGUACUGAAAAAACACACCCCACGUUACAAGACUUUAACUUUACACACUUUUUUAGAGGUUUAGUAGACAAUGCGGUACAGAGGGUCAAGUUUCGGAGCUUCCUUUAUUACUUCGACUGGUUGGAGCGCAGUUCGGGCACCAGUCUCGAUGGGUGUCUCCGCGUAUCCCGCAAGGUGAUGACCGGAAAGCAGUGGCUAACGAUUGAGGAUUGGCUCGAGUGUGAACUCCCGCUGUGUGACGUCGAGAUCCGGCACGAGGGCAAGCUAGAUAAAGCGGAUCCAGACACGAUGCAGACCGUAUUCGCAACGGCACGGCUCGGUGGUGAUGUGCUGGCCAGCGGAGACUCCCAGGAAUCGAUCCAGUUCUGUACCUUUCCGGAGCUCCUUGCCGUCCUCCUGUACGUUGAAGCGCUCGAAGACAACGAGACACUGCAGAUCGAGAACGCACACCACGUGGCACGGAUCGUGGAUCCUCGGUGUAAAGGACCGCUCCUGGAGAAGAUCGCCGAACCCCGGAAGACAACACUGUGCUGCGUGGAUGCGGAGAACUACCGGGCGUUACCAUCGCAACAGUUCGAGGAAGAUGACAUCUUGCGUGAACUCAACAAGUGCCUGCUGGCAUUCCGCCAGAACACAAGCUGUCCGGUGCUCGGUGGUGGCGGAGAAUCCGGAAAGCAGGCAACUGGCGAGAAACGUGGCAACGCCGGUGGUCCCGGUGGAGUUGCCCUAAAGCUGGACCAACUCGAAACAGUCUCCAGUAAGGGCCGACUAUCGCCAAUCGGUGAGCGUGACCGCGAAGGUUCCACACCGGGCUCACCGGACGUCUACACGACCAUCUUCAUCCACCAGGCGACACCGAACUCGAAACGAUCGAGCAACGAUUCGAACAAACUGGAAAAGGACAUCAACAAACGACGAUCGUGGCUAUCGCCGGAACGUCCGAAUGGUGCCCCCGUUGCUGCCGCCGCUAGUUCCGUAUGUUCCAUCGGUUCCGCUGCAAGUGGGAAUCGCCGCGGGAAGUUUAUCAUUCUCGGUUCAUCCGGCGAGUGUUUGCCGGUCAAUCGCCACCCACUGCGCAUCCCGGACGGUUAUACGAGGCUGGAUUCGGGAUCGAGCUGUGGCUCGAGUCAGGAUGAGUUCCACAGCGCGAAGGAAUCGUUCGAUGAGGACGACGAGGAUGGACUGAGGGCACACGCUUACGCUUCCGAGCUCGAUACGCCUGAGCGGAGGUUUGACUUUGCGCAGAAGCUUCGGGAAGCACUGGAGCAUGAUCGAAUGCGGCCUGUUAAUGGGAUCUCGGCGGGGGGCAGUACGGAGGAGAGUAGCUAUGCGGUGGGGAUCAGUGUGGCCGGAUCGCAGACACGGGAUCAGGAUAUACGAGUGCGACGGGGUGGUUCGUGUGGGUUCGUGCUGGAUGGAUCACUGGAUAGCAAUCUGGGUGAGCUGGAGUGGCAUGAUGAGGUGCCAGCAAGGAAGGAGAAGCUGGGGAGCGGUCAGCGACACACCAAUGGGACGCUGGAACGGAAGGGAACGAAUGAAUCGUCACGGUAUAGCUUCGAUUCGGAUUUGGGCUCGGAGCUGGAAGAAGUCUACGAGAAGUUUGCCAAAUGGCUCGAGGAACCAAUCAGCACCGACAAACCGAAGAAGCUGGACGCGAGAGAUGAAGCGGUCCUGAAGUUCGCCAACUCGCUACUCAAACGGACACUGAGCGAAAGCUUCGUGGGCAUUCCGUUUACUGAGGAGUGCAUAGCGAGUGGGAAUGGCAGUAAUGCCGAGGCACGAUCUGCGAGAAUUGUCAGUGGUGGUGGUACCGGUGGUGGUAGUAUCGGCGGAAUAGGACAGAAGGAAAGGAUACUGCUGCACGUACGAUCACUUUCGCUGGAGCUCGCGAAGCAUAAGCACAAACUUGCGGCACAACUGCGCAACGAGUAUAUGGCACUGGAACCGGCCAAGCUGUUCAAAUGUCCCAACAUUCAGCUAACGCGAACCGACCACCGGAAGCUGCUGCACCGGCUACGUUCGACCCAGAGUGGUUCCGGGUGUGGUUCAGUAGCCCAGGAACCACUGGGCACGGUCCGUGGCCGGGCGUCGACGCCACAAGGUUCGUCUUCUAAGCCGGCCCCAGUCAUCCGUCAGUCGUCGCUAAAGACGAAGCUGCUGCACUACAAACCGAACUGGUCCGUUUCGUACUAUCAGGACGUCAAGUGUGACGAUGUGGUACUGAAGAUCUCGCAACUCGCUCAAAAACGAACGCUCAAUGUAAACCUGCGACCUGUGGCCACCGGUAACUGGGGCUGUGGAAGCAGUCGACGGGGGGACGUUCAGCUGAAGAUGGUCAUCCAGUGGAUGGCGGCCAGCGUCGCUGGGUUGCCCUACCUGAGCUACUACACGGCAGGGAAUGAGAAACUUUCCAAACUCGAUACGAUCUGCCGGGUGCUGAAGGAUCGAAAGUGGACGGUCGGGGAACUGGCGUCGGCCACACUAAGUCAUGCCCGCGAUAUACUGGAGGAUCCGUUUUACUACAACAAUGACCGCAACUAUUGCAUGUUCUUCGAGAAGCUGAUCGGCUUGGAGAAGGGAACACACUGAUAAGAACGAACGAACAGACACUCACAAACAGAUACACAAACCAGACAACACUGUUGUCAGUGGACCAAGGACGAGGACAUAAGGUCGCGAGCGAGAAUUGUAAAAGACAAAUAACCUUAGACUCUGUGGCGGUGGCGAAAAAGGCAAAGCAACUUGGAAAGCAAUAAACAAAAGAACUUUUGAUACCGAUACUUAUGAGAAGGCAGCAGCGACCGCAGGAUUCAUGCUUCGAUCAUAAGCGAAUAGGAUUGAGGUCGUGCUCCGGGGAAUGUUGCGAAUGUUGGCUCGGGAUUUACGCUAGGCGGGAUACCUGUAAAUAGAAUUUUCUAGAAACGUUGACCAUGUUUAUGCUGCUCGUCUCCUCAGUGUAGGUACCGAAAAGCAGAAAUUCAAACGUCUUCCUACGCACGAGCGUUUACCUUGUUUGUUUCCCUUUAUGUUCGGAGUUGAAGGGACGGAUUCGUAGAGACUCUAAUGGCGCUCUGGCAGAGCCACAGCGAGCGCAUGGAGAAUGUUUUAUUGAUGCCAGUUUUGAGGUUCAGAUGCCACCAUACCUGCGCUCGGUUACAUGGUGCCGGUGCGCGGAGUUAUUGAGUUCAAUAGAAGGCUUCAGCUUUUCCCAAAUAUUCCGUAGACACUCGGCAUCACACGAAAGACGCUCCGUAGCUCUCUCUCUGAGAAAGAUUGACUUAACCGUUAGCUAGGGUAGACUGUAUAGCGAAUCAAUAAAAACAUGACGCUUAUUUUAGGAAGGAUUGAACGAUUCGAAGCGACAGAAAGGAGAGUCGUCUAUCUCAAGUUAGAAUACAAGUUGAAAUGAAAAUACCACAGAAAUCGCUUGUGAGAGAGACAGGAAAAGCGGCCACAGUUCAGCUUCAGGUAGAUCGAUAGCUUUUUUCUUCGUCGUCAAAAAUAAUCUUCCUUGGCCAACGCAGAUGUUCAGUAAGUUAUGUGCCAUUUUGUUACCCAUUCAAAUCGCUAGUCCAA